AUGUCCUCCGCUCCCUACGCCCUCGAGCGUGCCGUCGCCAUCUCGGCGGUGGCGCGCGCCUCGUCCGUCACCGCACGCGUCUUCCGCCUGCUCGUCACCAAGUCAUCGGCUGCCGGCGCCACGGUAACCAAGAGCGACGCCUCGCCCGUCACCGUCGGCGACUACGCGGCGCAGGCCGUCGUCAACAUCGUCCUCGGCGCACACUUUCCCGACGACAAGAUCGUCGGCGAGGAGGAUGCCGCAGAGCUGCGCAAGCCCGAGAGCGCCGCACUGCGCGAGCAGGUCGUGCAGCUCGCCAACGAGGCGCUCAGCGGCAGCGAGCAGGAGUGCCCCGCGCAGGACAGCGCCAACAAGUGGGGCGCCGAGCCGCUGUCCGAGGAGAAGAUCCUUGCUGCCAUCGACCGCGGCAACCACGAGGGCGGCGCGACGGGCCGCAUGUGGGCCCUCGACCCCAUCGACGGCACCAAGGGCUUCCUGCGCGGCGGCCAGUACGCCGUGUGCCUGGCGCUGCUCGUCGACGGCAAGGUGCAGGUCGGCGCCAUGGGCUGCCCCAACCUGCCGCUCGACCCCAAGGACGGCCUGCCGAAGGAGGGCGACGCGCAGUCGAUGGACCGCAAGGACCUCGGCGCCAUCUUUGUGGCUGUCAAGGGCCAGGGCGCGCGGCAGCGGCCCAUGUCCUCGGACAAGGAGGAGCCGAUCCAGAUGCGCGCGCUGAACGCGGACUCGCUGAACACGGCGUCCUUCUGCGAGAGCGUCGAGGCGGGCCACUCGUCGCACGGCACCAACAAGCGCAUCGCCGAGCUGCUCAACAUCAGCGCGCCGUCGGUGCGCAUGGACUCGCAGGCCAAGUACGCCAGCGUCGCACGCGGCGACGGUGACGUGUACCUGCGCCUGCCGGUCGGCGAUGGCAGCUACCAGGAGAAGAUCUGGGACCACGCCUCGGGCUACCUGCUCGUGCACGAGGCCGGCGGCAUCGUCUCGGACUGCCGCGGCCGUGACCUUGACUUUGGCCAGGGCCGCACGCUCAGGAACAACCGCGGCGUCAUUGCCGCGCCGAAGGACGUGCACGCCGAGGUGAUCCGCGCCGUGGGCAAGGCGCUGCAGGAGGAGGGCCGGGGCAACCUCUAG